AUGACGUUUCCUGUGUUGCCAAAGGUGGAUUCAACCACCAGCACCGACAUAAAUGACUAUGCAUUUGUCGGGAAAGUGUUAGUACCUUUUGAAGGUCUUCAAGUGUCGAAGUUCUUGUUAUCGACUUUUCCUACCCAAGUAGAUGUUUUGGUGGACGCCAGUGAUGCUCUUAUUUCUGUUGACCAAGCUGUGGAAGUUUUGAAUAGUGGAGUGCAAACCAUCUUCAUCAGUGACUCACAAGUGGAAGAGCUCAUCAAGACCUCGGGUUUACCUAGUUAUAGAUUUGGUAUCAAGACCCAAGAACCUGAAAAGUUCACUGAUUUGGAUGCUUCUUUGGUGGUGUCUUCCAAAGUGGCCAACUUGAAGGCAGUCAACCAAGAUGACAACAGAAGUGUCUAUUUUGAUGGCGUUGUUGACGAGGCGUCUGCUAUUAAAUUGGCUCAAGCAGACUAUAUUCCCAUCAUUUCAACAAAAAAGUUGACCAAGAAGUCUGAUACCAGCAAUAUUUCUGUGGGACGCUUGCUCACCAGCACCUUAACUACUGACAGGCCCGAUGGGCUCUUCACAACUUUAAUCACUUCGGGUGCUCCAUCCUACACUGCGUUAGGAGUGGUCUACUCUUCCGAAGCAUCGAUUCUCGAGUCCAUUGCCACGGGAGAAGGCGUCUACCAAUCUCGUAAACGCCGGGAAGAAUUAUGGUAUAAAGGAAAGACCAGUGGUGCUACUCAAAGAGUAAUUUCUAUCAGUAAAGACUGUGAUUCAGAUGUGGUCAAAUUUGUGGUUGAACAGAGAGAUGGAUUCGGCUUCUGCCACAAAGACAAGAACUAUACUUGCUUUAACGACGGCAGCUUAUACAGCGAAUCCACUGGGAAAGGCUUGGGCAGAUUAGACCACACUUUGGUCAAGAGAAAAGAAGCUGCUCCCGAAGGCUCCUACACCAAGAGAUUGUUCAACGAUGAGGAGUUGUUGGUUGCCAAGUUGAAAGAAGAAUUGGAUGAGUUGAUUGAAGCUGGAAAGGCCAACGACAAGCAAGAGAUUGCCUGGGAAGCGGCCGACUUGAUCUACUUUGUAAUGGUGUGGUGUGUGAAGAACGGCGUGAGAUUAUCUGAUAUCGAGAAGAACUUGGAUAUCAAGGAUCUCAAAGUUACUAGACGUAAAGGUGAUGCUAAGGCCGCCUACUUGAAGAAACCAGAACCCAAAGAGGAACCCAAGCAAGAACUUUCUUACAAAUUGACUACUAUUACGGCAGCCACCACAUCCCCAGAUUUAAUUCAACAAGCCUUAACCAGACCCAACCAGAAGACUUCAGAUAUCAUGAAACUCGUUCUUCCUAUAAUUAAAAACGUCCAGGAGAAUGGUGACAAGGCCUUGCUUGAAUUGACUGCUAAAUUCGAUGGUGUUCAAUUGGAAUCACCUGUGUUGAAUGCUCCUUUCCCACCCGAAUUGAUGCAAAUUUCUGAAGACAUGAAGGAAGCCAUCGACUUAUCCAUGAAGAACAUCGAAACUUUCCACGCCGCUCAAUUACCAAAGGAAGAGGUCAUGAGUGUGGAAACAGCUCCUGGUGUCGUUUGCUCAAGAUUCGCCAAACCAAUUGAAAACGUCGGUUUAUAUGUUCCUGGUGGUACUGCAGUGUUGCCUUCCACUGCCAUGAUGUUGGGGGUUCCAGCCAAGGUAGCUGGGUGCAAAAACAUUGUGAUUGCGUCUCCUCCAGCUCGUGCUACUGGAAAAUUAACCCCAGAAGUGGUUUAUGUGGCUCACAAGUUGGGAGCUAGUAGUAUCUUAAUGGCCGGUGGUGCUCAGGCUGUUACUGCUAUGGCUUAUGGUACUGAUUCUGUGGUGAAGUGUGAUAAGAUCUUGGGACCAGGUAACCAGUUUGUCACGGCUGCAAAAAUGUACGUGCAAAACGAUACUCAAGCGUUGUGUUCUAUUGAUAUGCCUGCUGGACCUUCCGAAGUGUUGGUGAUUGCCGACAGUAAUGCUGAUCCUGACUUCGUGGCUAGUGACUUGUUGUCACAAGCUGAACACGGAGUUGAUUCUCAAGUAAUUUUGAUUGGAGUUGGACUUUCUACCUCAGACUUGGCUGGUAUUGAAGAAGCGGUUGCUACACAAGCAUCUGUGUUGCCAAGGAGGGAAAUUGUUUCCAAAUGUUUGGCACACUCUUACACUUUGUUGGUGGACACUUAUGAAGAAGCUUUCAAGUUAUCCAACGACUACGCACCAGAACAUUUGAUUUUGCAAAUUGAAAAGGCUGGUAGCUAUGUUCCAGACUACGUUGAUAAUGCUGGUUCUGUAUUUGUGGGUAAGUUGUCUCCUGAAUCAUGUGGUGACUAUUCUAGUGGAACCAACCACACUUUGCCAACAUAUGGAUAUGCCAGACAGUAUUCUGGUGUGAAUACCGCGACGUUCCAGAAGUUUAUCACUUCUCAAGAAGUCAGUGAAGAAGGUUUGAAGAGUAUUGGGAAGGCUGUUAUGACGAUAGCUGCCGUUGAAGGAUUAGAAGCUCACAGAAACGCAGUUCAUGUGAGAAUGGAGAAGUUAGGAUUGUUGUAA